AUGAUGCGCGGAGGAGGUCAACAGCCUAUCAUCGUUCUUAGCCAAGGAACGAAAAGGGAAAGUGGACAUCAAGUUCAAAUUGGAAACAUCACCGCUUGCAAGACUAUUGCUGAUGUCAUCCGUACUAGCUUGGGCCCAAGAGCUAUGCUCAAAAUGCUUAUGGACCCCAUGGGAGGUAUUGUAAUGACCAACGAUGGUAAUGCCAUUCUCAGAGAAAUCACCGUCAAGCAUCCAGCUGCUAAGAGUAUGAUUGAAAUCGCUCGUACUCAGGAUGAAGAAACUGGAGAUGGAACUACCUCUGUCAUCAUUCUUGCUGGAGAAGUUAUGUCUCAAGCUCAACCCUUCUUGGAGCAGAAGAUUCACCCUACCAUUAUCAUCCAGGCAUACCGUCAAGCUCUUGAGGAUAUGAUCGAGCUCGCUGAGACUAAGUUCAGCAAGCCAAUCAACAUUGAUAACGAUGAGGAGACGGCUGUUGUUGUAAAGUCUUGCUUGGGAACCAAGAUGAUGAGCAAGUGGAUGGACUUGGCUGUUCAAAUCGCUCUCGACGCUGUUAAGACUGUUAAAGUAGAUCAUGCCGGACACAGAGAAAUUGACAUCAAGAGAUAUUGCCGUAUCGAAAAAAUCCCAGGAGGUACCAUUGAAGACUGCAAAGUCAUCAAGGGAGUUGUUCUCAACAAGGAUGUUACUCAUGCCAAAAUGAGAAGACGUGUCGAGAACCCUAGAAUCGUUCUUUUGGAUUGCAAUCUUGAGUACAAGAAGGGAGAAUCUCAAACUAGCUUGGAAGUUUUGAGAGAGGAAGACAUCAGCAGAAUUCUCGAACAGGAAGAAGAAUCUAUUCGUAAACAAUGUGACGAAAUCAUCAAAGUCAAGCCAGACCUUGUCUUCACCGAGAAAGGAGUCUCCGACUUGGCUCAACACUUCCUUCUUAAGGCUGGAAUCACCGCCAUCCGCCGUUUGAAGAAAACCGAUAACAACCGUCUUGCCAGAGUUUGUGGUGGUCGCAUCGUUCAUGACACUGCUGAUCUCCGCGAGGAAGAUGUCGGAACUCAAGCCGAACUUUUCGAAAUCACAAAGAUCGCUGAUGAAUAUUACACUUAUGUUACUUCCUCUAAGACUACUGCUUGCACAGUCUGUCUUCGUGGACCAUCCAAGGAUGUUAUCAAUGAGGUCGAGCGUAACUUGCAAGAUGCUCUCCACGUUGUUCGUAACAUUAUGUUGAACCCCAAACUUGUUCCAGGUGGAGGAGCUUUGGAAAUGAGUCUUGCUCAGGCUAUAACUGAAAAAGGAAAGACCAUCGAAGGAGUUAGACAAUGGCCAUACAAAGCUAUUGCUCGCGCUCUUGAAGUUAUUCCUCGUACUCUUAUCCAAAACUGCGGUGGAAACACUAUCCGUCAAUUAACUGCCUUGAGAGCUAAGCAUGCUCAAGAUCCCAACAACUGGACCUGGGGUAUCGAUGGUACCAAUGGUGAACUGGUUGAUAUGAAACAACUCGAAAUCUGGGACCCCUUAUCUGUUAGAUCUCAAGUUCUCAAGACUGCCGUCGAAACAUCGGUGAUGUUGUUGAGAAUCGAUGAUAUUGUAUCUGGAACAAAACGUGCAGUCAGUGGUGACGGACCAGUCCAAGAGAUGCCCCAAUAA